AUGGAGGAUCAAAAUUACGCCAACGAAUUGGAGGUAGCUGUCAGGAUUGUCCACGUCGCAUGUGCUCUCUGUGGGAGGGUGCAGGAGAAACUCCUUACGACAGAGGUUCUGUCCAAAGACGAUGAUUCUCCUGUUACUGUUGCAGACUUGAGUGUUCAAGCAAUCACUAGUUGGUUACUAGCAAAAACAUUCGGGGUUCAAAAUGUGUCAAUUGUUGCGGAAGAAGACGUAGAAAUUUUCUCCAAGGACAAUUCAACAGCCUUACUGGAAGCUGUUGUGGAUACCGUCAAUGAGUCUUUAUCUUUUGUAGCCAUGUAUGGUCUUCAAAGUCCAGAGACAACUCUUGGGACAUCAGAAGUUCUUGAGGCCAUUGGCCGCUGCAGCUCAACAGGAGGCCCCAGUGGAAGGCAUUGGGUACUUGACCCUGUUGACGGCACAUUAGGAUUUGUACGUGGUGAUCAGUAUGCAGUUGCUCUAGCUUUUAUUGAGAAUGGAAAAGUUGUUCUUGGAGUUCUUGGGUGCCCCAAUUACCCAGUGAAGACAGAAUGGCUAAGUUAUCACUACCAGUAUCAUGAAACAACACCACAAUCAUCUCCAACAACGACCGAUGCGUGGGGAAAAGGAUGUGUGUUGUAUGCUAAGAGAGGCAGUGGUGAGGCGUGGCUGCAGUCGUUGAUUCCUGCAGAUAAGACGCUAGAAUGGCCAAACUGUGCGAGACGUAUUCGAGUUUCUUCAGUUGAUGAUCCAGCAUUGGCAACUCUCUGUGAACCAGUGGAAAGGGCAAACUCAAAUCAUUCCUUCACGGCUGGCCUUGCUCACAGUGUGGGACUUAGAAAACAGCCCUUACGCGUCCACAGCAUGGUAAAGUAUGCAGCAAUAGCAAGGGGAGAUGCCGAGAUAUUCAUGAAAUUUGCAAAGUCUGGUUACAAGGAGAAGAUAUGGGAUCAUGCUGCCGGUGUUGUGAUUGUUGAAGAGGCCGGUGGUGUGGUGACCGAUGCUGGAGGCCGCCCUCUGGACUUUUCAAAGGGAACAUACUUAGAAGGUCUUGACCGUGGCAUAAUUGCAUGCUCUGGUGUCACAUUGCAUGAAAAAUUGAUUGAUGCUGUUUAUGCUAGCUGGGACUCCUCAAAUUUAUGA